AAUAUACUGAACACAACUACAAAAUGGAAUUUAAUUUAAUAAAGUCUUGAAAUCUUUAUCAUACAAGAAAUUUGAAAACAACAAAAACAUCAGCUCCCACAAUGCGGCGCUUGAAUUCUAUUUGUAAAAUAUACCCAGACAGCGUUGCUUGCGAUCAUUGGCAGCGCGAGAUUUGUACGCGAUGUCCCAACGCGAAAAUCGGCGAGGAUCGGAAUCACAUCCACAGCUCCAACAGCCCCGACCACAAGCUGAUUACAAUUGAAGACUGCCAGCGCCUGCAGCGAGAGCUGCAAGCUCCCAUUUUUAAUUACAACCCGGCCAUGAAUUCUAUGACCUUUUUGCUGAUUUUCCUUUCCGUGGCGCUUUGCAUUGGUUUGAUCAUUUGGUUGCUGGCCAGAGCUUUUGUGCUCAAGAAUCCGCCGCCCUGUCCAGACGACUGCGUUACGGCACCCCGAUCUGACAGGCACUCGGGCGGCCAGACAUCAAAGGACGGCAUUUUGCAGCAGAUGCAGGACAAAUGUUUCGCAUCAACGAAGGGGAUCAGCAACGUAGACAAGAAGGCGUUAUAUGUGCCAUCAACAUUUUGGGAACGUUUUUCAAUAAAAGGACCCAAGAGCUUGGCGAAGGGAUAUGAGUUUCAAGUGAACGAAUCUGAGGAAACAAGUGACGUUGAAUCGAGUGCCUAUCAAACAGAUGAAUUCCAAGACAAGUCCACAGAUGAGGAGACAUUUAGCACAACUAGCGACCUAUCCGAAAGAGCCACUGCACUUAUAGAUCAAUCCUCUAUAACCAUGAGCAUACAGAGCGAGCCACACAAAUGCGAUGAUUCCAUUGGUAAAAUGCCAACAACUUAUGAGCCAAUGUCCACGACUCAAUCAAACACCCAGGGCCGCGGCAACAUACGCUGGGCGAAUUGGCUAAGACGAGGAAAGCAAAACGAUUAUCAGGUGUAGCUGAGCAGCAAGUAGGCAUAGGUUCACAUCACCUUAUAUAUUUUUUUUGUAUUGGCAUAUCACAUUUGUACUCAUUAAAUAAAGAGCAAUGA